AUGGAGGAGACGAAAGUUAUUUACUACAUAGACGAUGAGGAGACGCCGUAUUUAGUGAAAAUACCCAUAUCGCCGGAGAAGGUGACCCUGUUGGACUUCAAGAACCAGUUGAACAGGCCCAACUACAAGUUCUUUUUCAAAUCGAUGGACGAUGAUUUCGGUGUUGUGAAAGAGGAGAUAGUGGACGACGGCGCCCACCUUCCGUGCUUCAACGGCCGUGUGGUCUCGUGGCUGGUCUCAGCCGAGGGCUCCAACCCGUCCGACGGCGCCUCCCAAUGCACGGACAGCAACGCUGGCAAGGGCAAGCCAAAUCCUCACGGGGCGCCGACCGUGCCGCUCACGCGAGACACCUGCACCGACACAGACAGCACGAUAAGCUCCCGCCCCGGACACCGAGCGUCCUGCGACAAAUACAAGUACCGGGGGCUCCGGAUCAACGGCCACUCGAAGUACGGCAACCACGGCCUGGAAUACGAGACCGCGUCCGUUCUCAGCUCCGAUCUGGACUCGACCAGCCUCUUCGACAGCCAAUCCGAAAUCACGACGACCACAGGCCGCCAUACCAACGCGUCAGUGGACCGAGCCCUGACCGAAUGCAGCAGCGUUUCCCACCUCCAGGUCAGCUCCCGGAAGCGGCCGCAGCGGAGGCGGAAGCGGCCCCAGGUCAUGUCUCGCACCUCCUCGUACUCCUCGAUCACGGACUCCACGAUGUCCAUGCACAUUAUAACGGUGACUCUGAACAUGGAUACAGUGAACUUCCUGGGUAUCUCCAUCGUGGGGCAGUCAAAUAAGGGUGGAGACGGUGGGAUUUAUGUCGGGAGCAUUAUGAAAGGUGGUGCCGUGGCCCUGGAUGGAAGAAUAGAGCCAGGGGACAUGAUCCUGCAGGUGAAUGAUGUGAACUUUGAGGACAUGACCAACGACGAGGCGGUCAGGGUGCUCCGCGAGGUGGUCCAGAAGCCGGGGCCCAUCAAGCUGGUGGUGGCCAAGUGCUGGGACCCGAACCCCAAGGGCUACUUCACCAUACCGCGAACCGAGCCCGUAAGGCCAAUAGAUCCAGGCGCGUGGGUGGCGCACACGCAGGCGCUGCGCGAGGCGUACCCGCCGCCGGCCGGCGGAGCGCCGGGCUCCGACGCGGGCUCGCUGCCGCCGGAGCCCCCGCUCUCCGUCAACAUGGACAUGGCGCUGGUGGUGCGCGCCAUGCUGCGGCCCGACAGCGGUCUGGAGAUAAGGGACCGCAUGUGGCUGAAGAUCACCAUACCCAACGCCUUCAUCGGCGCCGACGUGGUCGACUGGAUCCUGCAGCACGUGGCCGGCGUGGCGGACCGCAGAGACGCGAGGAAGUACGCCUCCCACAUGCUGAAGGCCGGCUUCAUAAGGCAUACGGUGAAUAAGAUAACGUUCUCCGAGCAGUGCUACUACGUGGCUGGGGAGCUGUGCGCAGACAUGGCUGCCAUGAGGCUGCGGGAUGGAGACAGUGUUGCUGGUGACACCCUGGCGCCCCUACCCAACCCCAACAUGAUGGGCCCAGGGUACAUGCCAUAUGCCGGCUCGUAUGGCUACCAGCCCAUACCGUUCAAGUACACCUCCUGCGUCACGAGCGAGCACACCAUAUACGGCUACAAUCGGGAGGAGAGUGUGCUGUCCGGCAGCGGGGGCUCCAGCGCGGGCUCGGACCACCUCACCGCCAAGGAGCACCCAGUUGGGCGCGAGGGCGAGGUGAAGUCCGCGUCCAGCGGCUCCGGCGCCUCUGUGGCGGCGGACGGUGGCGUUGGUGGUGGUGGUGGCGGCGGCGGCGGUGGUGGUGGUGGUGGUGGUACGCGGCGCUCCCACUCGAGCGGCAGCGACCGCGCCGCUGACAGGCCUGUCCUCUUCCUA